AACGUGAAUAACACCUAGAACGAAUUGACAAAAAAAGUCCUCGGGUUUUACUAAAAAGUCAGAGGAUGUAAGAAAAACAAUGUCUUCCUCCCUUUCAGAAGAUGAGUUUCAUCGAAUGCAGUUGCAGCUCUUGGAGCUGAGAACUACAAAUUAUGAACUUGAUGGACAAUGUAAAAAGCAAGAAAGAGAAUUGAUUUCACUGAGGGAAAAGAUUGACUCUUUAGACAAGGAUUUACAGAAAGCAAAUAAGGCUAUUCAAAAAAGCAAGAAAGCUAAGGAGGUUGAAUUACUGAUACAAGAGAAUGAUCAACUACAGAGAAAACUCCACAGCCAAGAAGAAGAGUUCAGACUUCAGAACCAGACUCUCAUGCAGGAACUCUCCAGUGUUAUAGCUGCCAAUGAAACUUAUGAGAAAGAAAUAACAGCUUUGAAAGAGAACAGACCCCUAGAGGAUUCUGGGAAACAGAAUGACCUUGCUGAACUGGAGAGUCAGGUCAGAAGGUUACAGGCGGAAAAUUCCGCUCUGCAGAAAAAAUGUACUGUGGAAUCUGAGAACACAGCAGGCAGUGAUGAGAGAACGGAGACAACAGAAGAUGCACCUGAUAUUAAUGAACUAAGUCUGAGUCUGGCUACAGAAAAGGAAGAGAACAAACUUCUACAGGAACAGUUAUCAGCUCUAGAGAAGUCAUCAAAAGAAAAAAUCCAAAACCUGCAGGAGGAAGUGGAAAAAAGUGCAGACAAACUGAAGAAGAAACAAGAAAGUUACUUACAGUUACACGCAGAAAAAGAAAGUGUGUUUACUGAGUUGAGUAAAAAGUUGGAAGAUGUUCAGGGUGGUAGAGACCGGGACCAGAAAUAUUACACAGAUCAGAUCAGUAAACUUCAGCAGGAGUUAGAGAAGACCAAGAAGUCUUACCAAGAGCUUGAAGACCAGACCAGUAAACAGAAAACACAGUCAGAACAAACCAUAGCCUCACUACAACAACAGGUCAGUGCUGCUAACAUUGUUGAGAACCAGCAUGUGAAGGAACAGACAGAGAAAUUACAUCAACAGAUAUCUCAACUCCAGCAACAGCUACUGGGACUAACUCAGGCCCAGGACGAUCUCAAAGUACAGCUACAGGCAAGCAAAGCAGCCCAACAAGAAACCUCUGACCAGCUGCUGACCAUGCAAAAGGAGAGGGAUAAAAGCAUUGAAGACUGGCAAGAAAUCAAUAAAGUGGCAGAAAAGCGUAAGACAAUGUUGGAUGAGUUGGCCAACACAUAUCAAAGGGACAAUGCUGGUUACCAGGAAAAGUUACGGGUUUUACAAGAGGAGAAUGAAGCUCACAUACAGGCGCUCAGAGAGGCAGCAGAAAGUGAAAAAACCCGAGCAUCAGAGCUAGAAAAAAUCAAGCGAGAACUGGAAGAGGUGAGGAAAGAGAAGCAGUCUUUAGAGGAAGCCAAGUCAUGGCUAGAACGACGACUUAAAGAGACGGAGGAGACCUUACAAAACCAUAUUUCAGAAAAUGAGAAACAAAUGGAACAACUGAAGCAUGACCAGGAGGAAGUGGUGGAAUCACUCAACUCUGAGCAUGCUCAGAAAAUCCAGGAAAUGACUACAGAACAUAAAGCCAAAAUACAAGAAUGCUGUGAUAAAGAAGAAUCUCUCAGACAGGAACUGUCAGCCAGUAAAGGGGAAAUCUCAAGAUUAAAACAGGAGAUUAAAGAUGGUGCUGAAGAUAAAAGAUUACAUGAAAAGAAGGGACAGACAAUGAUGAAAGAUCUGAAGCGCCAGUUGGUUUCAGAAAGAAAGAGAGCAGAGAAAUUACAAGACCGGCUACAGGAAGUGCUGUCAGAGAACCGCAGUAAUAAAAGUGUAGAAGAAUUAUUGGCCUCUAAUGAUGGCAAUGAGUCACUAGACAGAAGUUCUCUGUCCUCCUGGAGUGCUGGUAACAGUCUCAUCAAAGACUCCAGUAUCCUGAGUUCUCCACAGAGUCCAGACAAGUCUUUUGGUGCUGAUGCAUCAGAGAUUGAUCAGGAACACAGUGAGCUGCUGGCCAGACUCACAAACGUGCAACAGGAAAAAUGGAACCUAGAGGAAAAGGUACGGCAUUUGGAAACGAGCAAUGCAGCAAUGGCUGAAGACUUAAUUCAGAAAAGUCAAAUUAUACAACAUUAUGUUAUGGAACAAAGGAGAGAAACUAGGCAGCCUGUGCAGGAAGACAAAUUAACUCUUAAGAAAGUGAUAGAUCUAGUGAACAAACAUGAAGAUCAGAAUCUGAAGGAGAUGAACCGAAAACUUCAAAAUAUGCUUGAAGAGACUCUAACCAAAAACAUGCAUCUACAAGAGAAUUUGGAGAUGAUGUCACAAGAAAUAGUGCGUCUGAGUAAAACACAGUCGAACAAUGUUUCAACGGACCAAUCAGGUGCUAGUGCAACAGGGUCAUGACCGUAAAGUCAUGAAGUGCAAUAGAACAUUAUGUAUGGUUGAAUGAACUAUGUGAUGCGAGUUUAAUGCUUGAAAAUAAAAAUGCUUCAAUUACAAAGUAGAUGAAAAGUGAUGGGCAUGUUAUAAAAAAUAGGCAAUACAGGUGUUUGAUAUUAAUAUUUUAGUUGUGGAUUGCGGUUUAGCAUAACUGACGAUUUUGAGUUUAAUUUUAAUUACACUAUGUGUAUAACUGUAAUAGUUCCUCAACCGAUAUGUCUUUAACUUCAGUCCAGAUUUGAGAUAUCUAAAAACGAUCUGAGUAUUCCAUUUAUGGGAAAUAAACUUUUGAGGCCUUAAAAGUAGAGAGACGUUGAAUUAUUUGUAUAAGUAUCAUUUGGCUAGCGUGGUCUCAACAAAAGGAUGCCAGGUACGAUUGCCUCAUGCAAUAUGAAGAAACCUUUCUAUGUUUUAUUUAAAUUUACGAAAAAAGACUGAAUUUACUGUGAAUAAGAAUUUACUGUUAAUAUGUUGAUUUUGAAAUUGAAAGGAAAACUUACGGGAAGUUAUUACAUUGCUCUGUUUCACUUCUUUUACUAUGAGAUUACAUUACUGUUAAGGUGCACAUUCCAGUUUAAGGAAUUUGUUUUCAUAUUUUCCUUUUUUAUGCCCCAGUAUCGAAGAUUCGGAGGUACAUAGUUUUUGUCCUGUCCGUCCGUCUGUCUGUUUGUCCGCAAAAACUUUAACAUUGCCCAUUACUUUUGAUUGGUUGGAGCUAUGGCUUUCAUAUUUCACAUGUGUAUUCCUUGUGACAAGACCUUUCUUUGGGUACCACUAUAUUUGACCUUGACCUUGGAGUUUGACCCAGUUUUGCAAACUUUUACCACACUUUAACCUUGGCCAUAACUUUUGAACAAUUGGUGCUAGGGCUUUUAUACUUCACAUGUGUAAUCCUUGUGACAAGACCUUCCUUUGGAUACCAACAACUUUGACCCAUUGCCCUUAACCUAGAAUAUUAACCUACUUUUGAAAAUCUUUAACCUUGGACAUAACUAUUGAACCGUUGGUGCUAGGGCUUUCAUACUUUACAUAUGUAAUCCUUGUGACAAGACCUUCCUUUGGAUACCAACAACUUUGACCCUUUGACCUUGACCUUGGAGUUUGACCUACUUUUAAGAAACUUUAACCUUGGCCAUAACUUGUGAACCGUUGGUGCUAGGGCUUUCAUACUUCACAUAUGUAAUCCUUGUGGCAAGACCUUCCUUUGGAUACCAACAAUUGUUAUCCAUUGACCUUGACCUUGGAGUUUAACCUACUUUUGAAAAACUUAAACCUUGGUCAUAACUUUUGAACGAUUGGUGCUUCAGCUUUCAUAUUUCACCAGUAUAUUUCUUGUGAGAAGGCCUUUCCUUAGGCACCAUUAAUUUUGACCAUUUAACCUUAACUUUAACCUUUUAAAUAUCUAUUCAAUGGUUGCUGCUAGGGCUCUCAUAUUUCACAGGUAUAUUCCUCGAGACAAGGCCUUCCUUUGGGUACCAAUAUAUUUGGUUUGCAUUUGAGAAAGUUUAACCUUUGCUGUAAGUUGCCAUACGGGGGCAUCAGUGUUUCACAAACACAUUUUUUUUUGGGGGGGGGGGGUUAUACAAUGU